AUGUGGACGGGAGGACAGCCAGGGCGGAAUACUGGAGACGCCAAAUCGUAUUACGGCCCGGUUAUCGAGAACCUCCGCGAGCUGUUGCGUCUGAAUCUCGGAGCUCUAGACCCGAACAACCCCAAGAAGGAACAUAGGUUGAGCGAUCGAGCUCUAUCUCGUGUCCUUCAUGACAUUAUCUCGCGCCGCAUGAUUCAACCGUGGUGGUUCGGAGUAGGAUGGCCCUGGGAUAGUCUUCGAAACUGCGCGAGAAUUGUCCAGCGUGAAGUGAAAGAGGCGAAAGUCCUACGCGAAGGCACGUACCAGGAGCCCACGGCACCAGCCUACGACGAACGCAAACUAGAACGCGCGGGUUGGACCCACUUCAUGUUCUCGGACGCCACCUUCGCAGCGAGAGGGCCAGGCAAGGUUCGGGCAUUCGGUUUAGGCGAUGAUGGCACCGAGAAGAAACCACUCGCUACGACGACGUCUGUGAGUGAGACUGCUUCCGUUCCCGCGGUGGAGGAAUGUUCUACGCCUUCGGCAACCAAGAGGGAGCGCUCCAGCCAGUUUACGAACGGUGCCAGUAUUUGCGUCGGCCUCGACCUCUAUCGCCAGGGCUUGGCGCUCGGCUUCGGUGGCUCAGCGUUCCGUGGCCCGACGUCCUUCACUGGUUGGUCAGAGGCGCUCUCGCAGCCCGACACCGGAGUUAUCGCGCCUACUAAAUGCACUCGUUCGAAAGGACGGGUCGCCGAGGGUGAGGAAGCGCCGAAGUCGAAGAAAUAA